AUGUGGAAGACUUUCUUGGCACUUGUGGCCUGUGUGCUUGCGGAGGAGGAUGGAUCCUGCAUGCUGCAGAGGAAGCACAUGGAGUCCAAACUCAUGACCGAAAAGGAUUUCUGCAAUGGAGUGAUCAAAGAGCUCAACUUCAACAACUUCAGCCACGGCGACGAGAUCUUGCCCGACUCCGUCCCAGGCGUGACCAUCGAGGCCACCCGCCGUGCCACGGAGCCGGAGCCGGGCUUCCCGAAGAAUUGCUCAGGGCCCUUGCUGAUUUUGGACACUCGCGAUCCCGACGGUCGCAGCUUUGACAAGGACCUGAAGAAUUGCGAGAAUUGCACCCUGAUGCUAUGGUCCAAGGACGGCAACCGCAAGAAGGUCAACGACUGUGGCGAGCACCCGGGUGUGAUGAUCAGCUUUAAGUACGAGGAACUGCAAAGCCUGAUGGACAUCGAGCUUUGGGACCUCGAGGAGCCAACCUUCAUCGAGCUGUACGGACCGGAAGGUGAGCUGCUGAAGAACAUCUCCGCACCGGAUGGCCCGGACCAGGACGGCAACCCCGCCGUGGUCGACCUCUUUACAGAGGGCGUGAAGGAGAUGAUCGUCUACAUGGGUGGUUCUGGAGCGGUCCGCAAGAUCCGAAACUGUGUUCCUCCGCCGCCCUUUUGCCCUGGACCCCCCGGUGAGCUCACCUUCAACAGCUUCAGCCACGGCCAAGAGAUCUUGCCCGACUCCAUCCCCGGUUUGACCAUCGUGGCCACCCGCCGUGCCACGGAGCCGGAGCCGGGCUUCCCGAAGAAUUGCUCAGGGCCCUUGUUGAUUUUGGACACUCGCGAUCCCGAUGGUCGCAGCUUUGACAAGGACCUGAAGAAAUGCGAGAAUUGCACCCUGAUGCUAUGGUCCAAGGACGGUAACCAGAGAAAGGUCAACGACUGUGGCGAGCACCCGGGUGUGAUGAUCAGCUUUAAGUUCAAGAAGCUGCACGAUCUAGUGGACAUUGAGCUUUGGGACCUCGAGGAGCCAACCUUCAUCGAGCUGUACGGACCGGAAGGUGAGCUGCUGACUAACAUCUCCGCACCGGACGGCCCAGACCAGGACGGCAACCCAGCGGUGGUGGAGUUGCUGACGAAUGGGGUGAAGGAGAUGAUCGUCUACAUGGGCGGCUCAGGAGCAGUUCGCCGCAUCCGGGCUUGCAAAGCCCCCGGCAGCGUCGUAGGUGACCCGCACAUCUACACCCUGGACGGCGACAAGUUCGACUUCUAUCAGAACGGGACGUUCUCCGUGUUCCACUACCACGGCCAGAAGUUGGCACUCCCGGAGGAGCAGAAUGCGACCGUGGACUGGCAGCUGUACUCCCACUACGGCGGACCUUUCUGGACGGCGCAGAGUAUCCUUCUGGUGGAUCGCUCGAUGGGCUCCCUUCGACAGGCUCUGGAGCUCAGCUCCAAGGAUUGCCAGUGGUACAAGAGGACAGGCAAGACUUGGUUCCCCGUCAAGAACAAGAGGAGCCUGCUGACUUUCACGGAGCAUUCGAGCCAUAAGGCUCUUACCAUGUUCGAGCACGUGCACGAGAAGAAGAUCGUGUUGAAGAUGAGGACCGACGUCGGAUGGAAGGAGACCAUGGUACUCAACACCGUCUGCAAGCCCAGUGGAAUCAACAUGCGCAUCUCUAUGCCGGAUAUGGGUGAGAGCCGCUUCCUGGAGGGCCAGAUCCAGGUUGGCAACGGAGAGGAGCAAAAGAAGUUCGUGAGGAAGCAGAACUGGACGGCCCUUGGGGGAAGUGGCCCCACCGAGAGCUUCAUCCAACAGCUUGAAUCGAGGCCGGCCUUGUUGCAGCAGCAAGUCUGCGGGCAGGCCGAGAGGGCCCAGGCAGAGGAGCUUUGUGCCAAGCACCUGGGGGCUGACCUGCGCACGGCCGUCGGCAACGACGCCGGCAUCUUCAGCGACUGUGUCACCGAUGUCUGCCGAGGGGGCGAGGAGUUCGCUGUUGCCGCGAAGGAGCUGCUGGCGGCAUACAAUGACUAG